AUGUCCGACGCCAUGGAACGUAUGAAGAAGAAGAGAAGAGCAGUCCGUUCUUCAGUAUCAAAGUUACUGGCUCGUAUGGAAGAGGAAACAAACAAAGGGGAAAACGAAAGGGACUAUGACUCGCUGCGUGAAAUGCUGUCAUUAUUAACGAUCAAGGAGGGACAAUUAACGGAACAGGACAGAGGCAUUGAAGAGAAAACUGUGACGGAGGAAUUAGACUCUGAAUUAGAGUCCUCACAGGAAUAUCAGGAUCGCAUUAUUUCAUGGAAAACACGAGCAAGCAUACUGAUCCAGAGAAGCCCUGGUGCCCGGGAGGAGUACGUGAGUAGGCGCACUAGUGCGGGAAGUGCAGGCUCUGAUAACUCCUUGGCGAGACAAACUGUUAAACUGCCCAGGUUAGUGAUUGAAAGGUUUAAUGGAGAAAUAAGCCAGUGGCAAGAAUUCUGGAGUCAAUAUGACACUGCUAUCCACUCCAAUGAUGCGCUGUGUAAGAAGGAAAAGUUCACUUAUCUGAAAUCCUACCUAAGUGGAGCAGCAGCAAAAGCGGUAGCAGGGCUCACAUUGACCGACAGUAAUUACGACAAUGCAAUUGACUUGCUCAAGAACAGAUUUGGAAGAAAGGACAUUGUGGUCAGUGCACACAUGUCAAAACUGCUAACCCUGACACCUGUGAAAAGAUCCUCAGAUAUAGUAGCACUGAGAUUUCUCUAUGAUGAAUGUGAAAUACAGAUUCGCAGCCUAGAGUCCCUAGGUGUUCACAGUGACACAUAUGGCGCCCUGCUAUGCCCUGUAUUAUUGCAGUUGAUACCAGAUGACUUGGCAUUAGGCUACACACGCACGUUGGACACUGAUGGUGAAUGGAAGGUGCCUGAGCUAAUUAAAUUCCUGCAAAAUGAAGUGCAAAGUAGAGAGAGAGCACUACAACUGACCAGGUCAGGCAGCUCCCAAAAGGACCAUUCCCAAAGUCACAGACUGUUCACAAAACAAGUGCCAUCCAAUGAGAAUAAAUUCAAAACUGUGCCCUCAGCAGCUGCAUUGCACACAGCCAGUAAUGCCCCUCAGACCUGUGUGUAUUGUGACAGUCCCAGUCAUAAGCCAGAAAACUGCUCAGACACCACAGUGACUGCUCGAAAGGAAAAACUGAAAAAAAUGGGAAGAUGCUAUGUGUGCCUAGGCCCCAAACAUAUAGCCAAAUACUGUAAAGUCAAAGGUGUCUCAUGUGCCUUGUGUGGUCGCAGACACCACCAGUCAGUCUGUGAUCAAGAAGUGCAGCCAGGCGCUGCUAACAGCAACAGUACAGAUGCUGUGGUUUCUUCCGUGUCUAGCACAAUGAAACCAAAAUCUAAUGAACCCAACACAGUGCUGCUUCAGACAGUUAAGGCCAGGACAGAGGGCCCAGCAGGUAGAAAAAUAGUGCGUUGCCUAUUAGAUGGAGGCAGUCAAAGAAGCUUUAUACAUGAGAACCUGGUGAAGACACUGAAACUGCCAGUAUUAAAGCAAGAGACAUUGAACCUCCACACCUUUGGAUCUGCUGGUCCCAUGGCAACAAAGCGCAACAUUGUCAAGGUAGUGCUGGAGAAUGUGUGGAAUACACAGCAAAGAAUUGAAAUUGCAGCAGUUGAGACCCCUCAAGUGUGCACUGCUGUUAUGAAAGUGCCUGGAGAGCACAUCAGAGGAGAAUUCAAGAGGAGAGGUCUGCAGCUGGCAGAUUUCCAGUUAGAUGGUGCUGAGGACCCCGAGCUGUUGGUCUUAAUUGGAGCUGACUUUUACUGGAAAGUGAUGACUGGCAAGGUGGAAAGGCUAACAGAGUCACUUGUGGGCUUAGAAAGCACCUUUGGAUGGACUGUACAAGGGCCAGUCCCAAUGUCUAGUGUAACAGACACAACCUGCAUGCACAUCAGUCUAGAUGAGGACACUCAGAUCUCAAAACAGUUGCAUGCCUUUUGGGAAAUAGAAACACUGGGCAUUGUAAAUGACAAAGCUGAAAACCCAGAUGAUACGGAGGCUCUUCAGAGCUUUGAGCAGACAGUGACAUUCAAUGAUGGUCGCUACCAAGUUGAAUUACCAUGGCGACUGGACAGCCCACCUCUACCAGACAACUUCAGAGUUGCAAGGAAAAGAUUUGAGAGCCUGAAGAGGAAACUGGUUGCUGAUGCCACUCUGUACACAAGGUACAACAAUGUGAUGGAGGAUUACCUACAGCAGGGAAUUUGUGAGGAUGUCUCAGAGAAUGACUCAGCAGCAGAGUCAACAGAAACUGUGAAAUAUUACCUACCUCAUCAUGCUGUACUCCGGGAGGAGAAAGCGACGACCAAGCUGAGAGUCGUGUUUGAUGCCUCAUCACAUGAGGCUGGAAGCCCCUCACUAAAUGACUGUCUGUUAACUGGGCCAAACCUAAACCCUGAUCUGUUAGAUGUGCUUAUCAAAUUCCGACUGCACAAGAUAGCUUUCACUGCAGACAUCACCAAGGCUUUCUUGCAGAUAGCUCUAGCAGACAAAGACAAGGAUUCAGUCAGGUUCUUGUGGCUGCAUGGACCCCCCACUAAGGACUGUGACAAUGAGCUGCGCAUCAUGAGAAUGAGUAGAGUGGUAUUUGGAGUUUCACCAAGCCCCUUCCUCCUAGUUGCAACCAUUAGGAAGCACAUCCAACAGUAUGAUGCAGCCCAACCAAAGGCAGUAAAGGCACUUAGAGAGUCUUUAUAUGUAGAUGAUCUGAUUUCAAGCUCAUGUGACGUGGAGGAGGCCUAUUCAGUCACAACAGGAGCUAAGAACAUUCUGUCUGCUGCUGGAAUGAACUUGUGUAAAUGGGCCACAAACUCACCAGAUCUCAAGUCAAAAUGGACAGCGAAUGGAUUCGAACAAGCUACAGAACCUGUCACUUGUGGGAAUGUACUGAAAGUGCUAGGUCUAGUGUGGAAACCAGAGGAAGAUCACUUUGUGUUUGACUUAAAUGGACUUUUAGACAUUUUGAAGGACAAGCAAAACACAAAGAGAAGCGUGCUGCAAACGUCAGCUCGUAUUUUUGACCCUAUUGGCUUCCUCACUCCGUUCACCAUUAGGGUGAAGCACCUCUUCCAGCGACUGUGGGAGAGGGGAAUUGGUUGGGAUGACCAGUUACCCCCAGACUUGGCAAAGGAAUGGAACCGGUGGUGUUCAGAACUGCCACAGCUCCACCUUGUGGCGAUUCCCAGGUGGUAUCACAUUGAAAUCCAACCAAACAUGCAGUCACUGGAACUACAUGUCUACUGUGAUGCUAGUGAAAAGGCAUUCAGUGCUGUUGCAUACAUGCAAGGAAAGAACCAGGAUGGGGAAAUUGUGACAAGCCUUGUAGCAUCAAAGUCGAGAGUUGCCCCUCUAAAGAAACUAACUUUACCACGCUUAGAGCUGAUGGGAGCCUUGAUCGGAGCCAGAUUGGGAAACAAUCUGCUUAAGUCCCUGAAGAUGGAAAAGAAUCAGCUCAGGAUGUGGACAGACUCGAUGAUCGCCUUGCACUGGAUACGCAGCACAGCACACAAAUGGAAGCCCUUUGUGGAAAACAGAGUGACUGAAAUUCAAAAUUUGACGAACCCAGAAUCAUGGUCACACAUCAGUGGCAAAAGGAACCCUGCUGAUCUACCCACCAGAGGCCAGAAUGUGGACAAUCUCAUCCAGAGUCAGCUGUGGUGGAACGGGCCUGCUACGUCACUGACAGCUGAACCAACAGACACAAUUGAGACUGAGGAGGACUGUACUGCUGAGGAGGCAAAUGCUGAGCUUAGGACUAAGUUCAUGGUAGCAGUACAAUUUACUAGCACUGAUCCAGCUGAACCAUUGUUAGACCUUGAUAAGUACAGUAGACUGAGAACAGUGUUCAGAUUAACUGCGUGGGUGAAGAGGUUUGUGAACAAUGCCCGCUCAAGCCAAAGGACCCAUGGAGAGCUCACUGCAGAGGAGCUCACUGCAGCUGAAAUGUACUGGAUAAAGGUGACACAAGAGCAAGGUUUCAGCCAAGAAUUAAAUCUACUGAAAUCAGGACAAGAACUUGACAAGGAUUCAAAAAUCAAGGACUUGAAACCAUUCCUUGAUGAGAACAGCCUUAUCAGUGUGGGAGGAAGGCUGCAACAGUCGGAGUUCAGUUUCAGAGAACAGCACCCAUGGGUGCUCCCCCCAAAACACAGAUACACUGAGCUCUUACUUCAAAACUACCAUGAAAAGGUGAUGCAUUCUGGGAUCAGGGAUACUCUAGUGCAGAUAAGGGAGAGCUACUGGAUAUUGAGAAGCAGACAGCUGGUUAAGCAGAUUGUGGCACGCUGUCACAUCUGUAAGAGACUAAAGGUGAAACCAGCUCAGCAGGUUACUGCUCCUUUACCAAGAGACAGGAUUACAGAGUCCCCACCCUUUGAAGUCAUGGGCAUUGAUUUCGCUGGCCCGCUGUACGUCAAGUCAAACAGCCAGACAAAGAAGGCAUACAUUGCACUGUUCACAUGCGCUGUCACUAGAGCAGUGCAUUUAGAGCUUGUAUCAGACAUGUCCACAGAGAACUUUCUCUUAGCCUUGAAGAGAUGCAUUGCGAGACGUGGGCUAUGUAAGGUCAUUUAUUCUGACAAUGCCAAGACCUUUAAGAGAGCAGACCAAGAUCUGAAGGAGCUAUGGAAAUCAUUCAAGGAACCGGAGCUCACUGCAUUCUUCACCGAAAAGGGCAUCUCGUGGAGGUUUAUUGCUGAGAGAGCAGCUUGGUGGGGCGGCUUCUGGGAAAGACUCGUGAGGUCAGUGAAGACAUGCCUAAAAACAGUCCUAGGGAGGGCCUCACUGAACUUCGAGGAGUUAACCACCACUCUCACAGAGGCAGAGGCUGUGCUGAAUUCUAGGCCACUCUCAUAUGUGCACAACGAUGCAGAUGAGCCCACACCCCUGACACCCGCUCAUUUUCUGGUCGGCAAAAGACUGACUUCCCUGCCACCAAAAACUAUGAUUCCAGAAAUUCAGUCAGCCAAUCUAAGCAGAGAGAACAUGGGACGCAGAUGGAAGUACCGCCAGAGACUCCUAAACACCUUCUGGACCCGCUGGCGCAAGGACUAUCUACUGGAUCUGAAAUCAGCACAUAAGUGUGACACAUCCAGACCCACUGAGCUCAAAGUGGGAGACGUCGUGCUGAUUGGAGAGGACAAAAUGCCUCGACAAAUCUGGAAGACAGGCAGGAUUGAAGAGCUGUUUCCAGGGCGAGAUGGACUGCCACGCUCAUGCACAGUUCGUACCCCUACAGGGACACUACUGAGAAGACCUGUGCAACUGAUCUAUCCUUUGGAAAUAACUUGAUUUAGGCAUAGAUUAGUAUUCAUGAACAUUGUUCAUGGGGCGGGAGAAUGUUGUGAUUUGUUGCAUGUUGUGAUUUAUGUUUAUUAAAAGGUAGUACUUUACAUAAGUAUUAAAUAGUUAAAAGAAGAUUGCACCGUUUAGAGUUAAAAACAUAUGGAGAAACAUAAUUGUUUACUGCAUGUUUUUGUAUUGAUAUGCACUAUUUGAGUUUAUUUUGGAAAGACUAUACGCUGCUUUUAUUUUGAAGGAGUCACCAGGAAGUUCUAGUCAGUCUGUGUGAAGUUGAUAGAAAGAAAAAUAUAUUCGGAGAAGCCGCUAGCGACAUGUGAUUAGCUGACACGCUGUGAGACCAAGCCACCCUUAUUUUGUAUUGCUAUUUUUCACCACGUUUGUAUCUUUUAAAAACUGAAAAGGUCAGUAAACUUUGGUUAACGUUAUUUGGAGUCUCAUUUCACCAUUUUUGAGAACUUUCCAAUACAUCCGCAGGCCACACGGCUCAUUAUGUUUAAUAAAACUAAGCAUCUAUAGUUUCACAUACUUGUUUCUGAGUGCACUUGAAGUGAACUAAUCAAACCUAAAGCGCUGUUUUCUAAGAGCAAAGUUCCACAGAGUAAUAGGGAUUAAAGCCAGGAAACUGCAAACGCAAUCCGACAGCAAACCAGGUAUAAGCUAAUGCAGCUAAAUGCGACGGAAAAGUUCCUCUAAAAGCACUGAAGGAACCUGCUGAAGGCAGUGAUGUUUAAGUUCUGUCUAAUGCAUAUCUUAUUCCUCAGUGAGCUUGACUUAAAACACUCAAAUGUAGGGCCCGCACCUUGAUGCCUGGCUGAGAGCGACACGAUAAUUGACCCAGCUUAAUAUCGCUGAGGUGUUUGUACGAGAGCCGAGCGAGGGCCUUCAUUAGGGCCGUGCUAGCAGAGGGCCUAAGUGUCUCGCUCUCUUCUUCCCUCUCAGCUGCAUUCAGGUCCAAUGAUGAAUGGCUGCAGAGAUGGACUGCUGCCGAGGGAGAGUGCCUGACGGGGCCCAGGCAAAGUCUUGGAUGAUGAAUAAUGACUCUGUAGCCGUUUUCCCUGCAGGAAGCACCUCAGACUCUGGUCCGUUCCUCUACAAAGGGAAAUCCGGUUGACGGGCUCUCCUUAAGCAGAGACCGAGCCUCAUCACGGUUAGGUGUGGCUGGGGAUCGCUGA